AUGAUGCGAUUGUCCCAGCUGCCAUGGGGGCUAGCUGCCCUCCUCGCAGCUGCGUGUCUGCCCUCGCUACAAGUCGCAGCCUCUCCAUCAAUUAAUGUUGCCUUAAAAGCCGCUUUCCCCUCUCCCCCAUACUUGGUCGAGCUGCUUGAAACAGCAGCGUCCGACAAUACUACGAUAUACUAUUCCUUGCUUGAUCGCAUCGCGAAGGGCCACUUUGCUGAGGCAACCACCGAUAAAGCCUUGUACGAGAAAUUCCUCGAAGUUCUACGUGAUGAUGGCCACAUGGAUCCGGAGGCCCUCUCGGCCUUUAAGCUUGCGCUCUCUUUGAGAACCGCGACUCCACGCGUAGAGGCGCACUAUCAGUACUACACAGCUACCGUGGAACCCUCACUCUCCGGUACCCAGGAAGGUUGUGACCAGUGGUUCUUGAUCGAUGGGGAGCAGUACUGUUCUCCUACUCUAGACACUUCACACGGAAAGGUGAAAGGCGAGGAUCAGUUGCGGACACUGCCAUUUGAUCGGAAGUUUGGCGUUGGUUCCCGUGAUGUGAUUCUGUAUGCCGACAUCACGUCCAAGAGCUUUGCUCCGUUCCACGAGGUUGCGAUGGAUCUCGCCAAGAAAGGCAAGGCCUCGUAUCGCGUGAGAUAUCGAAGAAGCCCGUCCCAUUCACGCGAGUCUCUGUCCGUCAAUGGCUAUGGAGUUGAGCUUGUGCUGAAGCGAACCGAUUACAUCGUCAUUGAUGACCGAGACACGGGUGCUGCAGCAAAGCCAGCAGAGGAAAACGACCAAAAGCCUCUCGUUGGACAUGAGACCGUACUUGACGAUGGAGAAGAAAUUGCGGAUAUCAAACCGCUGGAGAAAUCCGAACUUGCCGCCUUGGGCAUGAAGGCCGCCUCAUUCGUAAUGCAGAGUGAAAAGCCGUUCGAGGCCCUGCUGAAACUCACCCAGGACUUUCCGAAGUAUUCCAACUCUCUUGGAUCUCAGAAUGUCUCAGCCGAGUUUGAGGCAGAGCACCGAGGGAACCGCGAGGUUUUUCUUCCUGAAGGGUCCAACGUCUUAUGGCUGAACGGUCUCCACUUGAUCGACCGCCAGAUUCAGCCAUUCGGCUUAGUGGAUCUUCUGACCAGAGAACGGAAGCUAAUCAAGAGCGUCCUGGACCUCGGUCUCACUGGUCAGCAGGCUGUUGAUCUGUUGGGGCAUGCAGAGGUUGCGCAUGCGAAAUCUGGAGAUGACGAGCCCCGGAGAUUUGAUUGGAGGGAUGAUAUCGAAGAAGGACAAGUUAUCAUCUGGUUAAAUAACCUUGAAAAGGACAAGCGGUACAAGUCCUUCUCUCCCAGCAUUUGGGUUCUAAUUCAUCACUUCGGUCACGGGCUCCCCCAGAUCCGCAGGGAUGUUUUCAACUUGGUCGUUCCCGUAGACCUCACCAAAGCCGACGAUGUCAAGAUUGUGGUCGAGGGUCUCUUAUCCUUUGUGAAGCGGUUAAUUCCUGUUCGAUUUGGCUUCGUUCCUCUGACGCCUACCGGCCAGGCUAUUGACCAAGCCAAGGUUGUGUACUAUCUCCUAGAAAAUUAUGGUUUAGCUGCAGCAACUGCAUACCUGGAGAAGUCGUAUGAGGAGCAAAGCACCGGCCAGCCAAACGAACGUAUCUUCAACGAAGUGAUCAAAGACAAGUCUUUGCGUCCAGACGGUGUUGAGCUUUCUUUCAAGGAUAUCUUUAUCUCCGAGAAGCACGAAAAGCAAAUACACCUCUCAAAGCAUUGGGUGGAACGCCUGCGUGCUGGAGGUGAUGUUCCUACUGUCUUCUUUGAUGGUUUCCCAAUUCCACGGGAGGACAAUUGGCUGCGGGUGAUGAACCACAGAUUGAUGCAAGACCUGCAGGCUCUCCAGCAAGCCGGUUACUUCGGCAUGCUGAAUGAGUCCAUGUGGCUUCCUGGCUUCUUCCUCGAGAAAGCCCUAUCAAGACGGAACACUCUCAUUUUCCCCGAAGACAAGAACGAGCUCACUGUGCUCAACGUAAACAAGAUUUAUAUUGAGAAUCACGAUCUUAUGAGCAAGGUUCCUGUUAUCGAGGCCAGCAAGGAGUCAACUAGGGAUGACUGGGCAGCCUUAACCGUUGUCGCGGAUCUUGACGAUAUCGAGGGCCAGGAGCUGGUGUACUAUGCACUCCGCUUCCGGAAAAGCAACGAUGGCGUUCGGUUGGACAUUGUCCACAAUCCCAAGGAUACCUCACGUUCCCCUUCGGUUCUUGCUCAACGCCUCAAGUCUCGUGAGGACAAGCUUUUAGAUUUUACUCGCUUUCUCGAUCUAGAGACUGCUCUCGAAACUGGCGAGUUCGAACCAGAUGUCGCUUACGACGCUUCUCUAGCCAACUUCCUUGCCAGCUCAAACAUGAAAGCUGGCGAUAACUUUGUUAUUCUCAACGGCCGUGUUCUCGGCCCCAUUACCUCGGCAGAUGACUUCAAGAAGGAAGAUUUCGAGGUGUUCCUCCAGGCUGAGCGCAGGACUCGCAUCCUGCCAGUCUAUAAAGCUCUUGAGGAUCUCGGCCUUGAUGACAAGGUGUCUGGGCCGUUGAGUGCAGCUAAGCUAACUUCCGUGACUGCUUUGUCGACUAUUUCGGAUCUCCCACAGGGCAUUUUUGACAACGCACCCACGGUAAGAACCACUUUAUUCAAGCAAUGGAACUCUACCUACACCUCUUUCGAGGUGGGUGAUGCGUCAACAGCCACCAUUUUCUUCGUGGCUGUCAUCAACCCCGCCAGUGAAAUCGGCCAGAGGUGGGUUGCUGUCCUGAAGGUGCUUUCUGAGCUCGAAGGUGUACACCUACGGGUCUUCCUCAACCCCACGGUCAUGAUUGAGGAGCUUCCCGUCAAGCGUUUCUAUCGCUACGUCCUGUCCUCUUCUCCCAGCUUCGAUGAGAGUGGCAAGGUCAAGGCUCUUUCGGCCCGCUUCACUGGUGUUCCUCGGGAAACCUUGCUCGUUGUUGGCAUGGAUGUCCCCCCUGCUUGGCUUGUCACGUCCAAAGUUGCGGUUGAUGAUCUGGAUAACCUUCGUAUCAAGGAUAUCAAAGCCAAGCGUGGCACGGAACAUGUUGAGGCGAUCUACGAACUUGAGCAUAUUCUUAUUGAGGGCCAUUCGCGCGAGAUUCCCGGGGCUCAUGCCCCACGUGGUGUUCAGCUUGUGCUGGAAACCGAGAACAACCCACACUUUGCUGACACGAUCAUCAUGGCCAACCUCGGCUACUUCCAGUUCAAGGCCAACCCAGGUGUCUACAACAUCCGACUCAAAGAAGGUCGGAGUUCGGAGAUUUUCACCCUGGAGAGCGUUGGAGCCAAGGGUUGGGGCCCUAUUCCUGGCGAUGACAACACUGAAGUCGUCCUCAUGGACUUCCAGGGCACGACCCUCUACCCUCGCUUGAGGCGAAAGCCCGGUAUGGAGGAGGAGGAUGUGCUCGAGCCGAGCACCAAGUCCGGUGAAGAGUCUGGCAGUGGCGCAAGGAACUUGGUCUCUCGAGGUAUAAAGUUUGCAGAGGGUCUCCUGGGUCGUGGCAACAAGGCCGCUGAGGCAACCAAGUCCGUGUCGAAAACCGAGCACGCCGAGAUCAACAUCUUCUCCGUCGCCAGCGGCCACCUCUACGAACGCAUGCUCAACAUCAUGAUGGCCUCAGUCAUGCACCACACCAACCACACGGUCAAGUUCUGGUUCAUCGAGCAAUUCCUGUCCCCCUCCUUCAAGGACUUCAUCCCGCACAUGGCAGCCGAGUACGGCUUCAAGUAUGAGAUGGUGACCUACAAGUGGCCACACUGGCUGCGCCAACAAAAGGAAAAGCAACGCGAGAUCUGGGGCUACAAGAUCCUCUUCUUGGACGUGCUCUUCCCGUUGUCCCUCGACAAGGUCAUCUUCGUCGACGCCGACCAGAUCGUGCGCACCGACAUGUACGACCUGGUCGAACACCCGCUGGAUGGCGCGCCCUACGGUUUCGCGCCCAUGUGCGACUCGCGCGUCGAGAUGGAGGGAUACCGCUUCUGGAAGACGGGCUACUGGGCGAACUACCUCAAGGGCAAGCCGUACCAUAUCAGUGCUCUGUAUGUCGUUGAUUUGCAGCGCUUUCGCGAGCUGGCGGCUGGUGAUCGUCUGCGCCAGCAGUAUCAUGCGCUGUCAGCCGACCCCAACUCGCUGGCCAACCUUGACCAGGACCUGCCCAACCACAUGCAAUUCACCAUUCCCAUCGCCACGCUGCCGCAGGAGUGGUUGUGGUGUGAGACAUGGUGCAGUGAUGAGACGCUCAAGGAUGCCAGGACCAUCGACCUGUGCAACAACCCGAUGACGAAGGAGCCCAAGUUGGAUCGGGCACGCAGACAGGUGCCCGAGUGGACGAAGUAUGACGAGGAGAUCGCUGAGUUGGCGAGGAGAGUGAGGGAAGAGAAGCCAAAGAAGAAGGAAGAAGAAAAAGUCCAGAAGAACCCAAAGAGUAGAAGGCUGGAUGGCGAUGAAGAGGAGGUCAAGACGGUUCGGGAGAAGGAUGAGCUGUGA